AUGCAGUCUGCUGUUGCUGCUGCUGCUCCGUCCACCAUCACCGUUGGGGCAGCACUCCUCCCAACGAACGGCUCACGAGCAGGAGUGGUACUGGCUGCGCCUCCGCAGGGCCACUACCAGCGGCAGGCGCGUCUUGCCGCGACGUCGCCAUCCCCGCCCAUGUCCACGUGCCGCCGCCUCAGCUACGACAGUUCGAAGACGGGCAGCAACUCGCGAAGCUGCACGCGGGCGUCACCGUCUUCCGUUGCUUCACCCCACUCGUUCUCCCACCCGCUAUCAGAGCAGCAACAGCAUUUCUGGCAGAAACGCGUGACCGUCACGGAGGUGGCCACUGCAGCUGCUAGCCCCCGUUCUACUGUCGCCGAGGCCCGCUCGCCAUCAAUCCGCAUGGGCCCAGCUGUGUUGCCGUCCUCACCGGAAACCACAGCAUUCUCUUCUGUGGUCGAAGCGGACGCGCAGGUGACCUCUAAGCCAGGCGGCGCGGCAGUCGCGGCAGGCGCGCGUGAGCAGCAGUCUCACAAAGCAGCUGCUGCUGCUACUGCGACAGUGGCCGCGGCGACCUCCGCGGGCGCCUGUAAAGCAAACAACGGCAACGAGGGCGUCUCCCCUUUCUCGCGCGUGCACAAACACGGCACACGGAGUAGCAAGACGACGACGGUGGGUGGCAGCAGCGCUUCGCCGCUGUCGAUCACGGCCGUUCAAGCAGCUGCAGCAGCCGUCGCCACAAAGCGUGGAACUCCUGUACGCGCGAACGGGUCAUCGUCGCCGUCCAUGCCGUCGCCCUUGUCCACUGCCGUCUCUCCUCGAGCAGCAGCACCUAGGCCCCUGCCGACACGUCGCCGCAGCGCUGGGACGACUACUCCAGGUAUCAGCGGUCUGCCAGUCGCUCAGCCGCAGCCACAGCGCGCCGCUCCUCCCCCUCAGCCGCGCCGCAGCCGGUCCGCCAGCAGUGGAUUGCGUGGCGCCAUCACCAACCCCAGCAGCGUGUACUUUCAGCCAGCGCCGACGCUGCGCAACGCUGGUAUUGGUGGCCCUUCACCUUUCGCGGCAGAGCAGCUGGCCAUGCCUCGCCAACCGCAGCCGCGGCUGGCAGUCGCCCCCACCGGCGACGGAGCGAGUAGAGCAGGGUGUGCACAGAGUGGGCAGACUCCCGCAAAGGUCGCCGCACCGCCCCUGCAGCUCGUCCGCCCAGCAGACCUGUACCGCAGUGCCACCACUGCUACCGGAAAAGCAACUGCCGGAGUCGGCGGCCCGGCCUCGACAGCGAUGGCUGCAUCCCUUCUGCCUGGUGCCGCUGCCGCGCAGGACCGCCUACAGCUCCCACGUCGGUCGAGGCUGGCACGCACCCCCUCCGCGACAUCAGUGCAGCAGCGUCGCCGCACUCCGUCUGCAGACAGCUUCGGUGGUGGUGGCAACGCUCGCAAAGCAGGGUCGGUUGCGUCCUCGUCACCGCUCAAGCGUCGCGCAUCCGUCAGCUCCCACAGCGACGACGCGGCGGGCCCUGUGGGAGGGUCGGCUGCCCGUGCCGCGUCACGGCGGCCGCGCUCCAACACACCGUCGGGCACCCUCUUCCUCUACACGACGCGAGAAGCGAGUGGGGGCAGAAGCCCGCUGGGGCACAGUGAGCCAUCGAGAGGCGGCGACGGCGCGCCGGCUCUCGUUGAUGCCGGCAGCGGCACCGACACCAGUAGAGCGGCGCCUCACAAGAGCGUCGUGCGCAGCGGCUCUGCCCCCGUGCAUCAGCGCCGUCGCGCGAGCAGCAGCAGCCGUACCAGCAGCGCGGUGCCGGGUAGCGUCACGGAUCAAGCUCCCCGCAUUGCAGACGGAUUGGGUGCGCCGGUGGUGGCGCCGUCCUCCCUUGUGCGCUCCUCCUCGGUGGCCAACGUGCACCAACGACGGCCACAUGCCACCACCAUCACCGUGCCGGUCAGCAACGCAGCGGCGGCCGCCUCGACGUCAGUAGCGGAGUGGGCCAGCUCCAUGAGUACGUCGUCGGCUCCGCGCCGCAGCCACAGCCGCGACGGCACCAGCGGCACCGCCCGCAGCAGUGCUGCAGGAAAAAGUGUACGGUCUUCGCUGCACACCGCAGCGGCGUCGGCGGCCUCCAGAGCCCCCAAUAUGGGCACGGCCCCCACCGCCCGGCGCCCCAACGCCGGUGCCACCCGGCCCACGAUCAACAGCACCACCGGCGCCGGCGGCCCCCGCGCGCGCCCUGUGGUAUCCACAACUGCAGGAGCAGCAACACCAGCCGCCACAUCACGAGCAGCAGGCCCGCGUCGCCUUGCCGAUCGAAAGCCGAGAGACGGCGGCAGCAGUAACACCGUGUCGGUGAGUCAAGCAUCGAUGAUCUCGAUGGAGGAGAGCAAGGCGUUCCUGCAGGACUUCCAGCGCAUGAACGACCGCGAGCUGGCCUUGUUUGGGACACUGCUCGCGACAGUGGCCAGCGAGCAGCAGAAUCGCCGCGGUCUCGGCAUCACUAGCGACGCUACUCGGAGUGCAGAUAAGGCGGACGCGACUCGCCUGGUAGGCAACGUCGCGGUCGAUAGUGAGACUGGCAUUGCACCUCCGACGGGAGUCGCAGUGUCGGCAGAAGACGUGAGGGUGUGGACAUGCAAGCGUGCCGUCUCCUUACCCUCCGACCAGCAGCAGCAGCAGCCAGGGCAGACGUCAGACAUGCCACCGCCGACGACGCCGGGAGAACCGGCGGUGGCGGCGCAGCCCGCCUUGCAUGCCAACGAGGAGCUCAUCGUUCUGGUGCGUCGAUCGCGCAGCCAUAGCGCCGGCCUUCACGCUCCGCCACGAUUAUCAACGUCGGGGUCGGAAGCGCCGCCGCCGCAGCAGCAGCAGCCGAGGCAGAGGCAGAAGCCAGCAAAGUCACAACUGCAGCCGGACCAACUCACUCAGAGGGCUGACGGCACCGAAGAGAAAGGCAGCGGCCACGUCGCGACGAGUUCGCAUGUCUUUCUGUGGUCUCCACUGCAUCAUCCAUACCACCAGCAGCAAGCACGGUGCACCGUGACGGACGUGGCUGCAGGAAGCCGCGGCAGUAGCGGUGUUGUUGUGCUAAACUGUGCGUCUCGAAGCCCGUCGCCGACGCCCUCGUCAGCGGCGAUCGCUCGCGGCGGAAAAGAGAAUGGCCAGCAGGCGCGCUCACUCCACUCGGUCAGCAGCUCCCCUGUGCCUGCAUCUCCCCUCUCGACGGCGGCUGGUGCGCGAGCGCUGCAGCAGCAGCGGCAAGUGGGCGCAUUGGCGAGUACACGCGCUGACCAGAGCGUUAGUGGUAAGCUGCGGCCACGUGAGGCGGCGGGCGUCAAUACGUCCGCGAACCACACCGCUGUCGGCGCGGCGCAGAAGGUCGCAGUGGAAACCAUGGCGACGUCGACGCGCACGCCACACAAGGCACCGACAUCCAACAUCGGAGCAUCGGCGGCCGCCGCGGGGGCGGUGGGACGGGGAGUGGUGCGGAAUCGCCCAUCCCCCAGUGCUGCCGGACGCGUCCGAAGAGGCAGUCGCCGUCGCUGUGGUGCCAACGAUGGCGCACACACGCCGAGCUCCCCCCAAGAGCACUCACGGCAGCUCAGCGUUGAGAGCUACACAGACAUCAUGCGCUGCUACAGCCCUAAGUGGCGGGAGGGGUCGCACGCCGGCAACGGCGGUAGCGGUUGCGAUGCAACCUUGGAGGAGCGAAUGCCCAUCGAUGAGGGCCCUCGCGCCGCUGGUGCCUCCGCGUCGUCGCUGUCGUCUGCAAUGUCGGAGGCAGCAGCACCGCUGGCUGCACUCAAGAGGGCGAAGGAGCUGGCCGCGGAGCUGGCCGCCGCUGCGCGGGCGAGGACAGCAUCAGCGGACAAAACCUCCGUAGCAAUGAUUCCGACCUCCUUCACGUCGCCAGCGACCUUCUCCUCGGCUGACUCGCCUAUAAGCGGUAGUGUUAGCAUGGGCCGCGCGAGUGGGGGCUACGCUACCGGGGCAGCGUCGGAAAUAUCUGGCGUCCGCGUUACGGCCGCGCAGCUGCAGCUUCUCAUUGACAGCUCGCGCAGCGAAGCCAACUAUGCGCGCUAUCAACAGCUUUAG